AAACCUGUAAAAAAUCUCACAUCGAUGCUUCACCUGUGGUCACAUGAUCUCUUAAGAAACGGAAUGUAGCAUUAAACUCCAAACACCUCUCUCUCUCUCGAGUCUCUCCCUCUUUCGCUUUUCUAUAUAUAUAUAUAUAUAUAGAAGAAUAUACUCGUUGCUUCAUUGUACUUACUUCGUCCUGGCCGCUUUCCUGUGGCCUGAUAAAUAGUUAGAUAUGGUUGAGGUGUGUGCAGGGAAAAUGACAGCCUCUAGGUUGAGGAGAUGCUGGCUGCUCUUCCUUGUUGUGCUUGUCUGCUGCUUGAGCUUCUCAGUGCAUGGCCAUAGAUCUUCUCCUCCUUCCGUUGGUGUUCACCGCAGGAAAAGUCAUGGUGGCGAUAUCGGUGGAAAACAUGGAGCGUCCAAGAGGAGAGGACACAGACAGAGUCACGGUGGCAACACCGGCGUCUCCGGUGCCGCUGCUGGUCGUGCUGAUGGCGGUCCGGGUCUUGGCGGCAGCGGGAAGGUCUUCAACGUCGUCGAGUUCGGCGCUGCUGCCAAUGGAGUGACCGACGACACCAAGGCAUUCCAGUCAGCAUGGGCAGCUGCCUGCAAAGUCGCAGGAUCGACUGUCCUAAUCCCGGCCAAGCAUGAGUUCCUUGUUGGUCCGAUCUCCUUCUCCGGACCUAACUGCCAACCUAACAUCAAUUUCCAGGUGGAUGGAAUUAUCUACGCGCCUGCCGACCGUAAGGCGUGGCGUGGGUUCGAAUUGCUUCAGUGGAUCCAAUUCACCAAGCUAAGGGGGAUAACCGUUACCGGACAGGGAACCAUUGAUGGCCGCGGAUCUGCUUGGUGGGGCGAAGCCAAGAUCCAAGACCCGGUUGAUGAUUAUAUUUCGACAGUAGAAAUCGCAGAGACAAGGCCAACGGCGCUUAGAUUUUAUGGGAGCUUUGAUGUGAGCGUGACAGGGAUCACCAUUCAAAACAGCCCACAGUGCCACCUCAAGUUCGACAGCUGCACCGGCGUGACCGUCACCAAUGUCUCCAUCUCCUCGCCGGCGACCAGCGCCAACACCGACGGCAUUCACCUCCAAAACUCAAAAAGUGUUCUUCUUCAUCACUCCAAAGUGGCCUGUGGUGACGACUGCGUAUCGAUCCAAACUGGCUCCUCCAACAUCAACAUCCGCAACCUAGAUUGUGGCCCGGGCCAUGGCAUAAGCAUCGGUGGGCUCGGCAGGGACAACACCAGGGCCUGUGUUUCUAACGUCACGGUCCGCGACAUCAACUUGUAUGGGACGAUGACAGGAGUUAGGAUCAAGACCUGGCAAGGUGGGGCUGGCUGGGUUCAAGGAGUGACAUUCUCUAACAUUGUGGUCUCUGAGGUCCAGUUUCCCAUUGUAAUAGACCAGUACUACUGUGAUAAGGCCACCUGCAAGAACCAGACCUCCGCCGUCGCCCUCGCCGGCAUCACCUACCAGUGGAUCAGGGGAUCCUACACCGUGAAACCGGUGCACCUGGCUUGCAGCGACAGCGUGCCGUGCAACGGCGUCAUCUUGAACAACAUACAGCUUCAUCCUGCGCAGGCGGCGCGGCGCAUAGCCCAGCCCUUCUGCUGGAGGUCAUUUGGGAUCUUGCAAGGCCCUUUGGAGCCUCCAAUUCCAUGUCUGCAAGUAGGGAAUCCAUUCAAGGGCCACAUCCAAUCUAGCAUGGAUAUGUGUUGAGCACUACCCUUCAUAUAUUAAUGCUUGGUUGGUUUACUAGAAAGGGAAGAGUUAAUAUGGAUAUGUUAAGUACCAUUUAUACACAUCUUGUACAUAUGAUAUGGCCUUCAGUAUUCUUUAGAUGGCCAGAGAGUGAGUCUCACUGGUAUUGGAUAUGGUUUGAGGGAGUUGUAACCUGCUAUAUAG